AUGGUCAUCGUCGUGGACGACGAGGACCGCGAGAACGAGGGCGACCUGACGAUCGCCGCGGAACGGGUCACGCCCGAGGCGAUCAACUUCAUGGCGCGCUUCGGCCGCGGCCUGAUCUGCAUGCCCAUGACCGGAGAGCGGCUCGACGAGCUGCACAUCCCGAUGAUGGUCCGCGAGAACACCUCGCGGUUCGAAACCGCUUUCGCGGUGUCCAUAGAGGCGCGGGACGCGACCAGUACCGGUAUUUCGGCCGCGGACCGCGCUGCAACGGUGCGCGUGGCGAUCGACCCGGCCACGCGGCCGGCCGACCUGGCGCAACCGGGCCACAUGUUCCCGUUGCGCGCCAGACGCGGCGGCGUGCUCGUCCGUGCCGGGCAAACGGAGGCUGCGGUAGAUCUCGCGCGUCUGGCCGGUUUGUAUUCCGCCGGCGUGAUCUGCGAAAUCAUGAACGACGACGGCACGAUGGCCCGCGUCAAGGAGCUGUCGCGAUUCGCGAAGCGGCAUCGGCUCCUGAUGAUCACCAUCGCGGAUCUGAUCAAGUACCGCAUGCGCAAUGACCGCCUCGUGAAGCCGGUUGCGUCCGCGAACAUGCCUACGGACCAUGGCGCUUUUAGGGCACAUGCCUUCGAGAGCGUGAUCGACGGCCGCACGCACAUCGCCCUGGUCCGCGGCGACGUCGGCGAUGGGCGGGACAUUCUGGUCCGCGUCCACUCGCGGUGCCUGACAGGCGAGGUGUUUCGCUCGACGCGCUGCGACUGCGGGCGGCAGCUCGACGCGGCGAUGCAGCAGAUAGCGGCCGAAGGGCGCGGCGUGUUGCUGUACCUGAACCAGGAAGGUCGCGGCAUCGGCCUCGGCAACAAGAUACGCGCCUAUGAGCUGCAGGAUCAGGGCAUCCGCGGCGAGGUGCGGCUGACGCCCGCGGCGGUCGAGACGGCGCUGCGCGAGAUUCGUCUGGCGCUGCUGGAGGCGGAUGUCAACUUCAAGGUGGUCAAGGCGUUCGUCGCGCGCGUAAGAGACCGCGCGAUCGAUCGCGCGGUGCUCGACAGCCUGACGCCGGCCCAGCAGGUCGUCGGCAUCGUCAGGGACGAGUUGCUGGCGCUGUUCGGCAAGCAGCCGGCUGGUUUCGGUGUCGCCGGCCGCCGCCCGCGGGUGGUGCUGCUGGUCGGCCUCCAGGGCUCGGGCAAGACGACGACCGCCGCGAAGAUCGCGCACUGGCUGCGACGGCAGGGCCGGCGGCCGCUGCUGGUGUCGGUCGAUAUACGGCGUCCCGCGGCGAUCGAGCAGUUGGCCGUGCUGGGCCGUCAGGCCGGGCUGGCGGUGCACGAUCCGCAGGAUCGGCAGUCGGCCGCGGGCCGCGCGCGCUCGGCCAUCGAGCAGGCCCGGGCGGACGGAUUCGACACCGUGAUCGUCGACACCGCCGGCCGUCUGCACAUCGACGACGAGUUGAUGUCGGAGCUGGAAGAGAUUUCCGCUGCGGUCGAUCCCACGGAUCGCCUGUACGUCGCGGAUGCGAUGACCGGCCAGGAUGCCGUCAAGAGCGCUGGCGAGUUCCAUCGCCGCGCCGGGGUCACCGGUAUCGUCCUUACCAAGAUGGACGGCGACGCGCGCGGCGGCGCGGCGCUGUCCGUCGUGGCGGUGGUGGGCGUGCCGAUCGUCUUCAGCGGCGGCGGCGAACGGCUCGAGGACCUCGAGCCGUUCCGACCGGACCGCAUGGUGUCGCGCAUGCUCGGGAUGGGCGACAUCCUGACGCUGGUCGAUCGGGCGGAGCAGGCGGCUGCCGAGCAGCAGGCGCAGCAGGUCGAGCGGCGCACGCUGCGGGAUCAAUUCACGCUCGAGGACAUGCGCCAGCAGAUGACCGUAAUCAGCCGGAUGGGCCCGCUCGAUCAACUGGUGGGUCUCAUUCCGGGGAUGGGCGCGCUGGGCGGCGGCGGUGCGCAGAUCGAUCCGAAGCGGUUGACGCGCGUGGCGGCCGUAAUCGACUCGAUGACACGCGAGGAGCGCCGCAAGCCGGGAAUCAUGAAUGGCAGCCGGCGCAAACGGGUUGCCCGGGGCAGCGGGACCUCGUGGAAGAAGUCAACCGCCUGCUCAAGCAGUUCACCAGAUGCGGCGGGUGCUCAAGAACAUGCAAUCCGGAGCGGGCGCACGCGGGUCGCAGGCCCGGCGCCUCCGGCAGCGGCUGCGGAUUCCGGGAGCGCUCGCAGCUAG